UUUUUCCCUUUCCCCUUAACUGCAGUGCUCAGAUGUCCUCAGGACACUCCGUGGCCGUGAUGGGCAUCGACUUCACCCUCAGAUAUUUCUACAAAGUCCUCAUGGACCUGCUGCCAGUUUGUAACCAAGAUGGGGGGAACAAAAUCAGGUGCUUCAUCAUGGAGGACAGGGGGUACCUGGUGGCACAUCCAACCCUCAUCGACCCCAAGGGCCACGCGCCCGUGGAGCAGCAGCACAUCACACACAAGGAGCCUCUGGUAGCAAACGACAUCCUGAACCACCCCAACUUCGUCAAGAAGAACCUCUGCAACAGCUUCAGCGACAGGACCGUGCAGCGCUUCUAUAAAUUCAACACCAGCUUAGUGGGUGACCUGACCAACCUGGUGCAUGGCAGUCACUGCUCCAAGUACAGGCUGACGAGGAUCCCGGGCACCAACGCCUUCGUGGGCAUCGUCAACGAGACGUGCGACUCGCUGGCCUUCUGUGCCUGCAGCAUGGUGGACAGGCUGUGCCUCAACUGCCACAGGAUGGAACAGAACGAGUGUGAGUGUCCCUGUGAGUGCCCACUGGAGGUGAACGAGUGCACUGGGAACCUGACCAACGCCGAGAGCAGGAAUCCGAGCUGUGAGGUGCAUCAGGAGCCGAUGACUUUCACAGCCAUCGAUCCCAGCCUGCAGGAUGCACUCCCACAGUGCAUCAACACCCAGUGCAACCAGAGAACAGAGAGUGGGGAUUGCUUUGGGGUGCUGGACUGCGAGUGGUGCAUGGUGGACAGCGAUGGGAAGACACACCUGGACAAGUCCUACUGUGCCCCUCAGAAGGAAUGCUUUGGUGGCAUCGUGGGAGCCAAGAGUCCCUAUGUGGAUGACCUGGGAGCAAUAGGAGACGAGGUGAUCACCCUGAACAUGAUCAAGAGUGCCCCCGUGGGCCCGGUGGCUGGAGGCAUCAUGGGCUGCAUCAUGGUGCUGGUGCUGGCCGUGUACGCGUACCGGCACCAGAUCCACCGCCGCAGCCACCAGCACAUGUCCCCGCUGGCAGCACAGGAAAUGUCAGUGCGUAUGUCCAACCUGGAAAAUGACAGGGAUGAGAGGGAUGAUGACAGCCAUGAAGACAGAGGAAUCAUCAGCAACACGCGGUUCAUCGCGGCCGUGAUCGAGCGCCACGCACACAGCCCCGAGCGCCGCCGCCGCUACUGGGGCCGCUCCGGCACCGAGAGCGACCACGGCUACAGCACGAUGAGCCCCCAAGAGGACAGCGAGAACCCCCCCUGCAAUAACGACCCUCUGUCUGCCGGCGUGGACGUGGGCACCCACGAGGAGGACCUGGAGCUGGACACACCCCCGCAGACAGCAGCACUGCUGAGCCACAAAUUCCACCACUACCGCCUGCACCACCCCGCCCUGCACCACAGCCACCACCUGCAGGCCGCUGUCACCGUGCACACCGUGGAUGCUGAGUGCUGAGGGACCCACGGCCACCACCACGGGCUGCCACGGCCACCACCUGCAGGCUGUGGCACUGGGGACACCACAGCCACCACCUGCAGGCUGCCAUGGCCACCACCUGCAGCCUGUGGCACUGGGGACACCACAGCCACCACCUGCAGGCUGUGGCACUGGGGACACCACAGCCACCACCACAGGCUGCCACGGCCACCACCUGCAGGCUGUGGCACUGGGGACACCACAGCCACCACCUGCAGCCUGUGGCACUGGGGACAUCACAGCCACCACCACGGGCUGCCACGGCCACCACCUGCAGCCUGUGGCACUGGGGACAUCACGGCCACCACCUGCAGCCUGUGGCACUGGGGACAUCACAGCCACCACCUGCAGGCUGUGGCACCGUGCACUGAGGACACCACAGAUGCCACUCCAGAGCCAUGGGGACUGUGCUGCUCCCCAGGGACAACCUCACAGGCUUCCCCACCAAACUGAGGCAUCAGAGCUUUGCGUUUUUACAAAUGGAAGGUUGGCUCUGGCCUGCAAACGUGCUUGAUGAAUGGACCUGCCAAAACAUAGAGAAAAAUGGAGCAGGAGGCACGUUAAGACCUCCAGGAACAGGGAUGGGAGUUUAUCCAGCAGCUGGAGUUUGUUGUGCUGAGCCAAGAGCAGAGAGAGAGCUUAAAGAGCCAGAGAGGAUUUGGUUUCCUUAACUGGAAGAGCAGGAAUCUGCAGCUGGAGAGCCCAGAAGUGCCAGACAGAGCAGGAAGGCUGCUGGCUUCUCUGCAGGUGGAAAGCUCCCGGUGCUCUGCAGGACCUGGGACAAUGCAUCUCAAGAUUUUUAAGUAAAGGAUUAUUUUUCUACUAUUUAUUGAACUUGGAACUUUGAGGGGAGGGAGGGGAGAAGACCUGUUAGGGAUUCUCAACGAGUACCACGUGCAUUCAGUGCUGGGGAAGGGGCUCUUCCCAGGAAAACAGCUGUUCCUUGGGAGCUGACCUUCAUCCAGUGCCCCACUCUGCAAAGGGAAAAUGAAGAAGCCCUCUCUGCCUCGGUGUUUACAUUAGGAUUGCUUUCUUUUCCACACUCAUUUCCUGUAAAUAUUACAGCCUGAUUUCUAUUCCAGUAUUGUCUUCCUAUCUGCAGAGGAGAAAUCCUGUACUCCGUUACUAAAAUUCAGAGAAUUCUGCCCAGAAUCUGCCCAGAAACUCCUCCAUCUUUAUCUCUUCGCUCAUCCUUAAAGGAUUCCUGUGUGGAAGUAAUAAAAAAUUUCUUUAGCAUUAGUUACCAGAUAAUCCCAAAUGGAAUCUGUGCCAUUCUUCUGUUUCCUUGGACCACGAGUAGGGAUAAACCAGUGUUUUGUAAAACUUGGGUUACUGUGGAAGAAACCUUGGAACCAUAAUGAGAAGCUGCUGCUGUUUGUCUGGAAUUUUAACCUUGCUUGGUAAAUCAAACAAAGAUUAAUCAAUGUCUACAACAAAGGGCAUCAUAAUUAUCAAUAUGUUUUCAAUCACAGUGUUGUAUUUUAGAUUCACAUUUUGUGAUUACAAUAUCAAGCCAUUCUUGCACUGUGCAUAUGGUAAACAUCCAUUUAUAUGUAGUUUUUUUUUUAAAAAAAUCACUUGUUUUAAUUAAUAUGGUACUUAAUACUGUAAUAUGUAAAAAAUUGGUUCUUAAACAGUACAGUAAAAUAACUCUAUGUGUGAUACCAGGAUAUCCCUUUAUACUAUGUAUAAAAUUAAAAUCUCUAGUGAAAUAAACUGUAUAUAAGUGUA